CAUCCGGCCAUUGCGAUCGGCAUCGGCCUAGAGAGACGCCAGUCGCUACGCGUGCGCCGACCCGAGCCAAAACAGCCCGCCGUCAGCCACCAGCCGACAACUGUCAGUUCGCUGCCCGUGCAAGAGUUGGAUUGUAGUCGACUGAGUCGCACUGGCCGAUGGGCUUUAUUUAUAAAUUGUUCUGCGAACAGCGAUUUGACUUGUGAGUGGAUUUCGUCGCGAUUCUGGGAAUGUGCUCGCAAUUCGACAGAACAGCUUUCGUCAGAGUGUGAAGCCUGGAAAUCCGUGUGUCCUUUACGAGUGCCUGCCAAGGACCCGGUUACAGACAGGUCCGCGUGUUGUGUCCGCGAAGUAUUAAUUCGCAUAGUUGCGACCGCAAGUAUCAAAUAUCACGUGCGGCUCAGAUGACUCUGGCUUAAUUGAAAUAUUAGUGCAAUUGACGGAAAUUGUGUCGCCGGCCGGAUGGUCGCACUGUUCUUUUGAGGUCUACUUAACAAGUCGUCCCUGAAGGUCAGUGGGUUUUUCGCGUUUGCGGAGGUGUGGUUUGACUAGUGUUUGUUGACGAUUUCGGACAAAAGAAGCGUCAGCUGUUCGUCAGACAGCACGGAAAGGAUUCUGUCAAACUGCAACGGUUCCUUGAAAUCGAAUUAUGGCACAAGGAGUGAGGAAGCACCAAGGUCAUCAUCGGGGCUGUUACUUCUCGCUGGCCUGCUCGAUUGGGUCCAUAGGGAUUGCAUGUGGCAGCCUUAUGCAACUGUCUUCCACCAGCGACAGAAUAUCCUUGCAACGAGGACUGUUCCUCACAUCGUUGGGCUUCAUCUACUUCGUCUCCCUCACUGACUUCUUCAACAAAUACCUCCUGAACACAAAGCAAGGAGAUAGGAUCCGCAAGAAGUAUCGCCUCAUGGUGUCUGAUGUAAUGGACAUUACCAACAAAAUUGUAUCGGCUAUCCAGGCAUGUUUCUCAUGCUUGGCCGGUGCCAUAGCGUGCAAAUCGUCAUGCAGUAAAUCGUUCCUAUAUGCGUCACAUUUUGUAAUGGAAGCAUACGCAUGGUUCGGAACAGCAUACUUUAUGUAUGAUAUUUGGUCUAUGUACAAAGUCCAUAUCCACAAGCUAGCGGACCGCCUGAUAUCGAAAUGUUCCUCGCUACCUUCGAAUAAUGGCUACAAUGGAAUGGCCAAUAAUUUAUAUGAUAAACAGAAAACGUCCGACGCUAACAAUAUGAGGGAGAACGGGGAGGAUCACCUUAAGCACCACGAAGACGAAGUCGACAUUCCUGAUAGCACGUCUUUGGCUAAGAAUACUUCCAUGGAAUUCAUCAAAUAUAUUGUCAGCCAUCCAGUAAUGAUUAUGCACCAUAUUUUUAUUGGAACAUUUGGACUUCUCGUUGUCACAUACCUUCGCGGUGGAACUGGCGACUGUGUUUACAGUUUUAUUUAUUUGAUGGAAUUCUCAACUCCAUUUGUAUCGAUCCGUAGUAUUUUAAGUACAAUGGGCUUGAAGAACACACGCAUUUACAUCAUUAAUGGAAUAACGAUGCUGAUAACAUUUUUCAUCUGCAGAAUAUUCAUGUGGCCGUAUGUGUUUUACUGGUACAGCGAAGUUAUUAAUCGGCCGUUCGUUCAGGCUAUUAUGGGACUUCCAAGAAAGUGUAAAAUUGGUAUCCUUAUACUGUUCCUUCCACAAAUAUAUUGGUUUCAGCUGAUGGUUAGAGGAGCCUUAAAGGUUUUCCUGCCAUCAAAACGAACUGCCGUCUCGAAACCAAUUCGACCUGAAACAUCGCGCAAUAACGAACGCCCCCAACAUGCUGAGAACGCAGCCCGACUUCUCCGAGAGAUACGUGAAAGCAGCCCGAAGCGAUCCGUUUCGCCAGUGAAUGGCAGAGCAAAUAAUCGAACAGUCAUGCAAGGACGCAGUCUUCUGUAGAAGGCAACCCACUAUGAUAUUGUUGUAGCCGAUUUCUAAUGUGUUUGUAUACAGAGCGUAGAUCAGAUAUUUUAUUGUAAGAGUGGGCUUUUGCUAUGUUAGGCAGCAUUGUUCCGCACAUUUCUAGCUUUUAUGGAAGUGAAUUAAAUGUAAGUGCAAUUUGUAAUCUCGUAACAUGUAAAAUACCCCCUUCCCCACAACUCGUCCUCAGAAUAAGCAGAACAUGAGGCUAAUCGCUCCAAUUCUAUUUAUUCCAAGUUGAUUGCAGUGGCGUAAUCAAAAAAAGAACUUUCCAAUUGUUGUUAUAUGAAGAUUUUUUAUUUUUUAAAGAGAUACUAGUCAAAUUACAUACUAUAAAUCAGUCAUCCAGAAAUCCACUUAUUAAAGGGAAAAUGAAAAUAGUCGUCAGGAACGCACUUUUAUAGUUAGGGUACUUACUCGAUGCCUCUUGCCAAGCAAAUGACGCUGUUCCGCAGUAAACAAAGAGUUUUCCUUUUACAUAAAAAAAUAAUUAUGACUGUGUGUAAGUAAUCCUAUUUUGUAGUGUUAUGCCAAAGAAAUAAUAAUCUCUUGUUGGAAAA